AAGAGUGUCAAGGGAGUAAUCCGGCAGAUGAUCGACAGUGGAGAGCUGGGCAAGGAUUACUUGCAGAAAGCCCAAGAGAAGAGUCAUCAGUGGGUUAGGCCAGCUGCCCCAGGGAACGACCGGGACAACGACCGACGGAGGAAUAACCGGCCAAGGGAGCGGCAACCUGCCCCCGAAAAAGAACACAUCGGCAUGAUCUUCGGCGGACCCGAGGGUGGAGAUUCAGCCGCGCAGCGGAAGAACCGGGUCCGGAGCAUUUUUGUGGGAGAAGUAAGUGCUGAACCGCCCAAGCGUAAACAUACUAGGAGGGAGCCAAUCGUCUUUACUGACCGGGAUCUCCCUCCUACCGGUGAAGAUCACAAUGAUCCAUUGGUCAUCACCAUGGACAUUAAUGGGGUAGAUGUCGCCCGGGUACUUGUUGACACCGGUAGCAGUGUCAACAUCUUAUACCUGGAGACCUUCCAAAAACUCAGGUUGUGUCGAACACAACUUGAACCCCUCAAAACCCCUCUCUCAGGCUUCACGGGGGACACCGUUGAAGCUGAAGGAUCCAUAGUUCUACCGGUCGAACUAGGACCAGGUGAAAAGACCGUGUGGAAGAAGAUGCGGUUCAUAGUUGUGGACAUCAAAUGCGUCCACAACGCAAUUCUAGGAAGGCUAGGCAUCAAUAAAGUCGGGGCGGUGAUUUCCAUGCCUCAUCUAUGCAUGAAGUUCCACACUCCAGGUGGUGUGGGUGAGGUGAAGGGCGACCAGAGGAACGCCCGGGAAUGCUAUGCCCGGGCAGUCAAGAAAAUGACCAGGGGGGUCAAUGUCAUCUCCCAAGAGAUCACAAAGGGAGAGACCCGGGAGAAACUUGAGCCCGAGGCUGAGACGGUGGAAAUCGAACUUCACCCGGGUGAUUCUUCGAGGAUGGUCAGAAUUGGAGCAAAUCUCCCCGAGGAUCUCAAGGAGCAGAUUACACGGGUCCUCCAGGAAUACGCGGGCAUAUUCGCAUAGAGCGUGGCGGAUAUGCCCGGGAUAGAUCGCUCCGUUAUCUGCCACCGGUUGGCCGUGAGAGAGGGAAGUCGACCGGUACGCCAAAAGAAGCGGUACCUGGCCAGUGACCGGCGAGACUUCGUCAAGAAGGAAGUGAAAGACCUCCUCAGUGUUGGUCACAUCCGGGAAGUCAAGUACCCGGAUUGGCUGGCCAACGUUGUCCUUGCUCCCAAGGGCGACACGUGGAGAAUGUGUGUGGAUUAUACGGACUUGAACAAGG